GCAUACACGCAAGCGGUGGACUGGGAUGGCGAUGGCCACAGCGAGCUAAUCCUUCUCCAGUGGGGGCCAGAAAAUAAUUUCGAUGAUCCUCCCGGCCGCGAGGGAAGGCACUGCUGGGUCAGGUACUUCAAGCAGCAUCAAUGGCAGCUGACAGAGCAAUUCGGGGAAGCGAACCCAUUCAGAGAUCUUCGGUUCCAGAUGAAUGUCUGGGAGGUUCGUCCGGCUUUUUCAAUUGUUGACUGGGAUGGAGAUGGCGACUGGGACUGGUUGCUGCAAGACGACGAUGGCCUCUGGUUCUUGGAGUUCUCUGCAGGCGCCGUUCAGAACAAGUCGCCCAUCUUGCUCUUUGACAGUCGCGGCCAGCCUGUACCAGGCGCGCUCUUGGCGGCAAAAGCCUGGCCCAUCUAUCCUUUUGCUGCUGUGGAUUGGGAUCAAGACGGAGACCUGGAUCUGUUCGUCAGUGAUCCCCAGCAAACUUCGCCAGUUGAGAUAUUAUACUUCGAGCGAGUGAAUGAUUCUGCUUUGGUGCAAGCCAGAAGUCCAUUGGCCGGUUUCGAUGCCACAUAUGUGAAGAACAUUGUUGUGGCAGACUUCGAUGCGGAUGGAGCGAUGGACGUUCUCUUCAGCAAGCAUGUUCCGUAUUUUUGCGAGCCUCCGCUGGUCGGCUUCCUGCAUGGCACGGAGGAUGGGAACUUCGAGGACUGGAGUCAGGCUGGUCGUGCGAACCCUUUUCUUGGGAUCGAAGGUUCCGAGUAUGACGAAUAUGGCGAGAUCUGCUGGGACUGGAGUGGCGCUGCAUUGGCAGUCGUGGGCGGGAACACGAAUGGGUCGUUGGAUCUGCUGGUCACGACGGGACAAAUUCGGUGGCAGUGCCGGGUCUUCGUGUUCUCGUGGCACUUUACGAAGCAGCUGGUGGAGAGAAGCGGUGGAUACACCCUCUUCCAUAUCAGCCGCAACAGGGCGCACCCUGUUGUUGCAGAUUGGGAUGGAGAUGGCAGUACGGACCUGAUCCUCGGGUCAGAGUUCGGAGUCAUCGAGGUUUUUCCACGCCGAGUGGACGGCAGCUUGGGUGCGCCGGAAGAAAUCCUCAAGCUGACGGAUGUUCCCCAUGCCCAGCCCGUCGUCGUUGAUUUCAACAACGAUUCUCUCAAUGAUAUCCUGGUUGUUGAUGGCACGUGGGAGGGAAGCGAGCUUCUCUAUUUCGAGCGCCUGCCGAACGGAAGCUUGGAAGAGAGGUUCCGGCUGACACCCAAUUGGAGACUCUGCUCCGCAGUAGCUGUCGCAGAUUGGAACAAGGAUGGCUAUUUGGAUGUCCUUCUGCCCUGCAGCAACAACACUGGGUCAUCACUGUUGGUGUGGCAGUUCUUUCAGCAGCUUCCCAAUGGCUCCUUCCAGCAGCGGACAGCGCCCAUAGCUGAUUUGCACGAUGUCUCCAGUGGCCUCUAUUCCGUGUAUUUGCAGGCGAUCGAUCUGAAUUCGGACGGGGCGAUGGACUUGCUGAUGAUGGACGGUUGGACUUGGCGGCCCUUCCUAUCUCAGCCGGAUGGCCAGUUGCUGGAAGUGAAUGUCAGUGAGGCGACUGAUCUUGUCAGAGAGUUGCCAGAGCUUGACUAUGGAGACAGCUUUUUCUUGGCGGAUUGGGACUCGGACGGCGACAUGGACCUCUUGGCGGGUGCCCUGCAAGGAGAAGGAGGGCUCGGAGUUCGCCACUUCGACAACGGUUAUUGUCGACUAGAGCAGCCCUGCACCGGCCGUGGUGCUUGUGGCCACUCCUCAGGCAAGUGCAUGUGCUUCGCGGGGCACUCCCUCUCUGAUUGUUCCGCGUGCAGCAAGGGAUACCUGGAUCCAUCGAAGGUCAACGUUGGAAUCCCCGCCAUAGAGCACAUCAGGAAGUGUUUGGCCUGUCCGGGUCUGCCUGACACCUCGCCAUGCUCUGGUCGCGGUUUCUGCAGUGACGAUGUCUCAGCGAGAGGCAAACAUACGAACAAUGGAACGCGCGCGACUGUCUAUGGGGACGGCACUUGCAAUUGCUCCGCCCCCUUCUCCGGCGAGAUGUGUGAGGUGGGCCUGUGCCUGCCGGGCCAGAAGUACGUGCAGGGAUCCGUCCUGCGCUGUGAGCCCUGUGAUCCAGGAUCCUUUAUUGAAAAGCACAGCCUGCAGCGCUACUGCAACACCUGCGAGGGAAACACCUAUGCCAGUGCUCCUGGCAGUGGUCGAUGCCUUCCCUGUAAAGCCUUCUGGUGGCGGAUGGCUGUGACAGCAGAUAGAACCCGCUGCAGUGCAUCCUUCAUGAACGUGUUGGCCUCUGCCAUUUUCUUCCUGCUGUCAUUCCUGUUCUUUGCCGUACUCUCACACUUGGCAUGCUGUUCCAUGCCUGUCGAGGACGUUCAGUUGAAGGAUGGUAUCCUGUCCCUGUCCACCCGUGGACGUCAUUGGCUACUGCGGCCUACCAGAGUUUCGUUCAAAGACACCGGGCACCCGCUUCUCGACGACAAUAAGACCUACCUCGUAGAGGUGCAGAAUGACCGGCAGCUCACUUUGUGCGACUCACAAGGUGUAGCGCUGGCGCUCUCGGCCGAUGCGUCCCAAGGCACCUGCCACAUACACCGUUGCGACAACCUGCUGCGAAGGGGUGUCUUUGGAGUUCCUUUCCUCCUGUGCCUUUGGGUGCUUUCGAUCCUCUGCGCCACCACCUUCCUCCUCCUGGGCAUCGUAGCUUUCGAUGCAAUAAUGGCCCUGGCCGGUCUGCUCCUAGCUGCCCUGGUUCACAGGUGGACUCACCCGACCACAUGUGACCUGAGUCGACUUCGCAAACUCUGGGCCGCACGACUGCGCUUCCACCGACCUUAUCCUUCUGGGCGGCGCCUGGGACUUGGGUUCGGCAAGAUUCACGAUCUUUACGACUUCUUCAGCGCCUACAUCGGUCAUCAGAGGAACAUGUACUACCUGUGCAGCAACAUCGUCAAGCCCUUGACUGCCCGAGACCGGCUGUCCUACGCAGAGUUGGCAGGGGCCUCCCCGGUGUCCUGGUUCGUUUCUCAUUACUGGGGCAUGCCAUUCCAGCACUUCGUCGACUGCUUGAAGGGGCACGCUGCGGAUCGGACGACGAGCUACUGGAUUUGCACUUUCGCAAACAACCAGUGGAAGGUGACGGAAGAGCUCGGUGAAGAGGUGCAGACUUCGUCCUUCUACCUGGCUUUGAGGAGCAGUUCGUGUCAGGGCACCUUGGUGGUGCUCGAUGAGGAGGUGCUACCCUUGACGAGGCAGCGGUUUCGGGAGGGCGGGCAAGCGAGCAGGAGUGGGUCAGGGGUUUACACAGGCAGAAGGAGCACCAGGUGUUUUGGGUAA